GAUAAGUUGAUAAGACGUUUUCAUUUUUCAUCUUUCAUCUCAGGGAUUUGCUUAAUUUUUUGGUUUUUUAUUGAAAAGUUUUCUUCCUUUGCACUUGUGAAUCCAGUUUUACAUCGAGUAUUUUUAGCCAUCGUUCAUUUUUUACUUGGCUGUAUGUAUUGUGAUGAGUGAAAAUGAGUAAAUCGAAUUCAAACCCUACAGACGUCGAAUUGAAAGAACAGGGAAAUAAGCUGUUCAACAUGAGAAAAUACGACGAAGCGAUUAUCUGCUACAGUAAAGCAAUUAUCAAAAAUCCUUCGAUUCCUACAUAUUUCACAAACAGAGCACUGUGUUACCUAAAACUCAAACGUUGGGAGUUGACUUGCCAAGAUUGUCGCAACGCUUUAGAUCUAGAUUCAAAUCACGUUAAAGGGCAUUUCUUUCUCGGCUCGGCUUUGUUAGAAUUGGAAUGUUACGACGAAUCCAUUAAACAUUUGCAAAGAGCUCACGAUUUAGCUAAAGAACAAAAACAAAACUACGGCGAUGAUAUUGCGAGUCAGAUUCGAAUAGCUAGGAAGAAACGAUGGAAUAUGCUCGAAGAAAAACGAAUCACUCAGGAAAUAGAACUCCUGUCCUAUCUUAACCGCUUAAUUUUCGAAGAUUCUCAACGUCAAAUCGGCAAAGUGAAAGAGGAAAGUGGAAAUGACGGCGCUGACGAAGAUUCGCAAAGUAAAAUAAUGGAAUUAGAGUUGAAAUGUGAUAAUUACAUUAGCGAGUUGACUUCUAUUUUCUCAAAAGUUGAUGAAAAACGGAGAAAACGAGAUAUUCCGGAUUUUCUCUGUGGUAAAAUUAGCUUCGAACUCUUACGUGAGCCAGUCAUCACUCCUAGCGGUAUCACUUACGAACGCAAAGAUAUAAUCGAACACUUACAGAGAGUUGGACAUUUCGAUCCGGUCACUCGAGUUAAAUUGACUUCCGAUCAGUUAAUUCCGAAUUAUGCGAUGAAAGAAGUUAUCGAUUCGUUUUUGCAAGAAAACGAGUGGGCUCUAGAUUAUUAAAAUUGAAUUUAUUUUAUAAAAAGUGAAAGGUAAAGCUCUGAACUGGCUGUCGUUUUACCUAACACAAUGUACAUACUAUUGAAAUUUAUUUAGUCAGUUAAAAAAAAAAUGUUUUUACGCUUUACGCGUGCAGUUGUUUUCUCGGCUAAUCUGAAAAGUCGACUCGACUCCCGAUGAGUUGAAUUAUAAUUACAGUUACGCAUUCAUCAGUCGAUAGAGUUCGAUAUUCGGGUACAAGUUAUACACCUAUUUAAUAUUACUGUAAGGGUGUUUGCUUUUAAUUUGAUUCGCCCUCGUAUUAUGUGUUUUUUUGUAGAAAAAAUUACACUUGUCGUCUAUUAUUUGCAAAUCUGUAUGGAAAAUCGCGUGUUUCGAAAUCAGGUUCCAACCACGAGUCGUUUUUCAAAUCUCAAAGCAUUUGAGGAAUACUGAUUUUUUAUUUUUCAAAAUUGUUGAAAAAUGUGGAUAAAUUACGCAGUGCAAUAUUGAAUAUCACUGUAUGAAUUAGAACCGUGAAAAUCACACGAAUAAGGACAUGACAUCUCUGAAAUAAGAAAUGGAGAAAUUUUGUCGAAUCAUUAUACGGAGUAUGUUUGAUAUUUCAGAUGCUACAUGUACAUAGUUUUUUUUUACAUACGAGAAACGCUUCGAGAAUGUUUAUUUUUAUUACUGGAAAGUUAUUUAUGUGUACCUAAUACCUAUAUAUUCGAUAAGAAGGGACUGUUUUAUGUUGCGUAGUGCGUACCUACUCGUACUUCACCAGUUCAGUUUGUUCGUUUUUAUUUUCUUCCAGUAAACUAUUAUGAAAUGUAAAUAUACUUAUUAUUUUAUCA